AUGGAAAAGAUAAAAAUCCCGACAGGAAGAUACGAUGGGACAACGGAUCCGGAGGAUCACUGCACCACAUUCGAACAACACAUGAUGCUGUACACAGAUUCUGACGCCAUGUGGUGCAAGGUGUUCCCAUCCACACUCUUAGUAGUUACAGCAAGCUGGUAUAAGGGCAUAGAGGCUCAUUCCAUUUACAGUUUUCGACAGCUACAGGCGGCGUUUUUGUCACGAUUUGUGAGCAAACAGAAGAGGAAGAAAUCGUCGGGAGAGUUAAUGUCGUUCGCUCAAAGAGAUAGAGAGCCGUUAAGAGAUUAUCUUACCCGCUUUAACAACGAAUCAAUCACUAUUCCCAACCUACAGCAGGAGGUUGCGGUUCUAGCUCUGAUGAGGGGAAUGCAAGAGUGCGAAUUCAAGAAGUACCUCAGCCGGAAAUCAUACACUAAUCUGGGCGACGUCCUACACAAGGCAAAUGAGUAUAUCAGGGGGGAUGAAAUGAUGAAGAUCUCCAAUGUGGUAGUGGCAACCGGCGGAAAUGCCGGAUACAAUCCAAGCUAUAACAACCCCCAGGCGGGAAAAGGAGGAAACAAUUUUCACCAGAACAAUAAUCAGCAAGGGGCGGGCCAGAAAAACCAGAAUAACAGAAAUGUUAAUCCACAGGGGCAGAGACCCCGACAGGUUAGAAGGGAGUCCAGAGGACUCUUUGAUAACUACACUCCGCUGAACACACCGCGGACGGCAAUUUAA